AAAGUGAUCAUUGGAUUGUUAUUUAUGGAUUACUGUGUUCUUCAUGAGUUAUUCUGAGUUCUGUGUCAGAUGAAAAUUUCGCAUUAUACUUUCGAGAUUUCAUCCUGGUUAAUCUCGAAUUAGGAUAUACCUGUUUAAAGAUACUGUCAGUGGAUAAUUUUCAGUGAAUACACAGUGUGAAAUUGCCUAUUUCACUCAGUGUCACGUAUUUUUGUCUCGGUUCGGAAUUAUCAGAGACGAUGGCUGAUAAGAAAGCCACAGCUGACUCAACGCUGGUGAAUCGUGAAACUGAAAUGUUGGACAAAUACCCGAGAAGAGUUAUCGUGUUUCUUGUUGUAAUGUGCUUUAUCACACUGGGGAUAACACCCGCUUUGGCCUUCUUACCAACUAAAGAUCUAUACGUGUCGAUAUUGAUUUCCGUCUUAUACAUCGUCCUGGCGAUUCUUGAAAUUGCGUUGAUAUUUUUGCUGAUGAAAUUCGAGAGAAUAAGGAGACGAUUCCCCGCGAAUUUCUUCUUGACGAUGCUGCACGCUGCAUGCUUGUCCGUGCUGACAGAAGCAAUGAUGAUCGGAAAGGAUUACAGAUGGGUACUUGGUGUAAUGGCGUUGGCUGUGGUCCUCUACAUCAUGUGUAUAUCGAUAGGUGCUAGCGUGCGAAGUGAACUCAGGGUGGGCUCUCUGGGAAUGCUGAUAGGCUACAUUGCCUUCUCUCUUGCAGUGGGUGCUGCCACAAUCGCAGUUUUCUACUCUGGCGACCACGCUACGUGGUCAUUACUGAUUCUCGCAGUGGGUACAACUAUUCUAGUAAUACCGGUCGCCUUAUUUUUCGGUCAGAUAACACUUGGCCAGAUUCAAUUCAGAGAAUUUGGUCGAGAUUACUGUUUUGCUUCAAUUGCUGCACAUGCUGUUCUUCUCAUAUUUUUGAUCACACUCAGCAUUGGACUCAAGUGUCCAACGAAAACACGACAAACGACGGAACGCGAACCGACUGGGAGCUUCACACAAUAGAAGCAUUCGAUUGCGGAAGUGUCCAAUUCAUAACCAACAUCAAACAUUUUUGUUCACCAUGAAAUUUGUAGUCA